AUGAAAGUUUUCGUACAGUUUGCCAACAUAAAUGGUAUCGAAAAAGCCCUCUCCAUCAUGACGCUGAUCGUGUCGAUUCCGCUGGAAGUUCUGCGGCUUUACCUUGGCUACACGGGAAAUUUGAUGAGCACGAUACCCAGCUUUGCCGGAUUUCUCAUCCUUUCGUUUCUUAUCCAACUGCCGUUGCAAAUAUACCUUCUGCUAGCGACACAUACGACCAAGCACACGCUAGCGAUUGUGGUGCAAUCCAUUACGACCGCCACGCUGGUGCUUCAGAUUGUGGUCGGUGUUCCGGCAAUGCGAAAGCUCUCCGACUUCCGCCGAAAACAGUUCCAGCUGCAGCGUUGGCAGUACGUGGAGAAGCACUCGAAACGAUCUGACUCGCAGCAGCCAGCCCAAACUGUCGUGAAUGAAUGA